AUGACUAUAGCACACGUUUGGGAGAACACCAAGAUCAUUCUCUCUGAUCCAAAGACGCUCAUACGGUUGGGUAUUGAAUGCUUCCCAAAGUACAAACUCAAUGAUACCAAGGGUGCUCUCGUUGACGUAGAUGAGAGAAUGACUAUGCUCAAUACAAUUAUAAUGUCCAUACAACAUGUUUUGGCUAUGAUGGGUUCUACUGUCAUUUGUCCAUUGUUGAUGGGAUUUUCACCAAAUACUUGUUUACUUUUCAGUGGUAUUGGAACUCUUAUCUUUUAUAUUUGUACGAUGGGUCAAUUACCAUCAUACCUUGGUCCAUCAUUUGCUUUUAUCGGUGUCGUUAAUUCAGCUACCGGUUUUGCAUAUGUUCCUGGUGGCCCAACCAAUCCAAACAUUCCAAUUGCCACUGGUGGUAUUCUAGUGUGCGGUCUCAUCUAUUUGGCCAUUUCAUUCAUUGUAAUGGUGGUUGGUGCUAAAUGGUUAGAGAUUUUAAUGCCUCCCAUCGUAACAGGAACAGUCGUCAUGGCCAUCGGAUUAAAUUUAGCCAAUGCUGCUAUUGGUGAGUGUGCUUCAUCAGGUAUCGAUGCCUGGGUUGCCUUUGCCACUAUCAUGAUGACAUGUCUUUUACUUUGCUAUGGACCUGGUCUAACUAAAAGAAUGCCAAUUUUGAUUGGUGUGAUUUUUGGUUAUUUAAUUUAUCUUUUCCUCGGAUUAGGAGGUAUUGGACCAGGAAUUGAUUUUACAGCUGUUAAAGAGAGUGCUUGGUUUGAAGCACCUCCCAUGCAUACUCCAGAGUUUGAUGGGUCUGCCAUCUCCCUCAUUGCACCUAUUGCUAUCAUUCUUAUUGCUGAAAACAUUGGUCACGUCAGAGCUGUUGGUUCAAUGACUGGAAAGAAUCUUGACAAGCUUCUUGGAAGAACUUUCCUCGGUGAUUCGAUUGCCACCAUUAUCGCCGCCCUUGGCGGAGGUUUGGGUACUACCACAUAUGCUGAGAAUAUUGGUGUUAUGAGUGUUACACGUAUCUAUUCUACUUUGCCAUUCAUUUUCUGCGCAUUUUUUGCUAUAUUCUUGGGAUUGUUUGCCAAGUUUGGUGCAUUCAUUCAAACGAUUCCAAGCGGUGUAUUUGGUGGUAUUGAAGUUAUUUUGUUUGGUAUGAUUGCUAUUACUGGAGCCAAGAUUUGGAUUGAAGACAAUGUAGACUUUUCCAAGCCCAGAAACCUCCUCACCGCCGGUAUUGGAGUGGUGUGCGGAUGUGGUAUGAUCAAUGGUAUCGUUGUCACCUGGGGUGUCAUUAAAAUCGAUGGUAUCGGUGUGUCUACCCUCGGUAGUAUCAUUCUCUACCAAGUGUUGCGUGACGAUUGGCCAGAGGUUGCAGCUUUCCUCUAUGGCAAAAUCAGAGGUAGAAAUGUUACUUGGAAGGGUGGCAAAUCAGACACUCCACAAACCCAGACCACCAUUGAAAUGCCAGAUCUCAACCAAUCCUCUGCUUCAUCUACAUGGCAAUCGGGAGCAUCCAAACCAUCAUCAUUGCCACAAUUUAAAAACGACGCAAUUGUAACUUUAGGCCAAAGUGAUGGUGAUAGACUCUAA